AUGAAUAUUCCUGUUUCCCUCUUUUUGAAGAAGUUGGAGACAGGGUUUCUUCUCUGGGCGGACGUCUUGGAUCCUUUGCUGCUCCUGAAAUCCGCCGAUGAAAUAAGAAGAACCAGGUUAUUCAUAGAAAACAGUGCGAAGACCCUAAGCGAGCCCAUAAAGAAUGAUCAGACAAAACAAGCCUUCCUGCUAAGCCUGUCCAGUGUACAUCCUGAUACAGGCAAGAUAAUUCCUGUUGUGUUUAGACCUCCGGCCUUCUUGCCCAUGUGUCUUCCAUUGGUCAUUGUUUCUUCUCUUCAGAGCCAGGUGAAGAAAAAUUUUCUUUGUCAGUUUGCGUUUCACAUGUAUACCACAGGAUUUGCCCUGUUAAAUGGAAAUGGUACCACAAAGGCUGAAGAGUACUUGGUUGAACAGAAGCAGAUCUUCUAUGGCUUGGGAGCCGUUUCCUAUGCAGCAUGUAUUGGUGCUCUUCCUCUUAUCUUCAUGAAUCGUUACAAGCUGAAGAGUCCCUUAACGCAACUAGUUGUCCAGAAACUUCUACCUGCUCCUCUUAUUAGCUUGAUGAGUGCAUUUACUGUGGUGGUGGUGAGAAGCCCAGAAUUUGAGAAUGGAAUUGAAGUGAUGGACAAGAAUGGCACGGUUAUAGGGGUGUCGCAGAAGGCUGGUCAGAAGGCCGUUAAAGAAACAGCAUUGUCGAGAGCCGUCUUGUUUGGGACAACAUCCUUUGUGCCACCUGUGCUUAUGCACUUUGUGGAGAGAGCAAAAUUUCGGAGAACUCCACAAUCUUUGGCUUCAAUGAGAAUGCUUGCGAUUAUGACCGUUUUAGUAGGGAUGCUGCCAGUUUCACUUAGUAUGUUCCCGCAGUGUGGGGAGAUAAAGCGAGAAGACCUUGAACCAGAACUUCUCUCAUCUACAGAGGAAACGGAGUUAUUCUACAAUAGGGGAAUUUAGAGAUUGGCUUUAAUAUAUCAGUGUGGGCUCUGACUGAAGUAAAUCUUGAAUGCAUCAACAAAUUCAACUGGCACAUGUGACUGAAUCAUGACUUUGUGGUGGUUUAUGUACCAGAUUUGGUGUACAAGUGUGUGGUCUAUAGAGGCAGAACUUGCAAAAUGAUUUCGCAAGCCCCAGCCCACAGGCAGGUAUGUACAUGUAACUCAAUGCUGUAAAUGAUAUUUGUACUAGAAAGCACUGUAACACAGCAUCUGUCACAAA